AUGCUUGUCGAAGCGAUGCUGCACCGACGCUGCAAUCUCUCCAGGAGGACAGUGUACUUAAUUAUAGGAGGAACAUGAGCAAUCCGGCGGGCUCCCUCGUACAUACCUGUCCUAUACUUAUACUUAUAACGGGCAAAUAAUGCCCUGAACCGAAAUAGUUUCGCACGAGUGAAGUCGGCGCCUCGAGGGGGCAGCAGCGGACGCAUACGUAUACAGAAUUCUAGCCUCUCUCUCUCUCUCUCUCUCUCUCUCUCUCUUCUAUCUCUUCUGCCCCCCGAACCGAACUUCGGCCGAAGCGCCUAUGGGCUGUGGUACACGUGUCCAAAAACCGGAUCAGUGACCUACUACUGUUACCGUUCGCUGGCGCGGUAAAAGUUCGUUUCUCCAUCUCCAAAAAGUCCAAACUCCAAAGUCAAGCCCGAAGCCAUAUAGGCGCGCGUAUAGGUCCUGCGCGAGAUAUCAUAAGUACAGGGGAAGGAGAGGAGAGGAGACGCGACUACGCGAGCACGCGCGCGCGAGAGAGAGAGAGAGAGAGAGAGAGAGAGAGAGAGCGGCCACGUCGACAGCCCCCUCGCUCGCAGUGGAGUGGCAGCAGCAGCGGCGCGCACCAACAGCAGCAGUACUCGCACAGCAGUGACGCGCACGCACGAUGCUCACAGGCCUGCCCAGAUAAUCGACGGCCCGGACACUUCGACGCGACUGUUUCACGGGAAAAUGAGCACGCCACGAGACUGAUCUCCGACUCCACGACCGCUGCUCCGACUCUCGACCCCCUGCGUUUGUGAAAACUUCCUGCUCCUCUCUUCCGCGCCAGCCAGCCGCCUCCGCGACUCACCAUGGGCAUCAAGUUUCUCGAGGUGAUCAAGCCCUUCUGCAGCAUCCUGCCGGAGAUUGCGAAGCCCCAGCGCAAGAUCCAAUUCAGGGAGAAGGUGCUAUGGACCGCGAUCACGCUCUUCAUCUUCUUAGUAUGUUGCCAAAUCCCACUCUUUGGAAUCAUGUCGUCGGACAGCGCGGAUCCCUUCUACUGGAUCCGUGUCAUCCUGGCCUCCAACAGGGGCACGCUCAUGGAACUUGGUAUCUCCCCCAUUGUGACAUCUGGCCUCAUUAUGCAACUGCUGGCUGGAGUCAAGAUCAUCGAGGUUGGUGACACGGCAAAGGACAGGGCUCUCUUCAACGGGGCACAAAAGCUCUUUGGAAUGGUCAUCACCGUUGGACAAGCCAUCGUCUACGUCAUGACUGGAAUGUACGGCGAUCCCGCUGAAAUUGGCGCUGGAGUUUGUCUAUUGAUUAUCAUCCAGCUGUUUGUUGCUGGACUUAUCGUCUUACUAUUGGACGAGCUACUCCAGAAGGGAUACGGUUUGGGAAGCGGUAUCUCGCUCUUCAUUGCUACCAACAUCUGCGAAACCAUUGUCUGGAAAGCAUUCUCUCCGGCCACUGUCAAUACUGGACGUGGUACGGAAUUCGAAGGUGCUGUCAUUGCUCUGUUCCAUCUCUUGGCCACCAGACAAGACAAAGUCCGUGCUCUGCGAGAGGCCUUCUACAGGCAGAACCUUCCCAACUUGAUGAAUCUGCUGGCCACCAUUCUGGUCUUUGCCAUAGUCAUAUACUUCCAGGGCUUCCGAGUGGACCUUCCGAUCAAAUCUGCCAGAUACCGUGGACAGCAGAGCAGUUACCCUAUCAAACUGUUCUACACUAGCAACAUUCCGAUUAUUUUGCAAUCCGCAUUGGUCUCGAACUUGUAUGUCAUUUCUCAAAUGCUUGCUGUGAAAUUCCAUGGCAACAUCAUCGUCAACUUGCUGGGCGUUUGGUCUGAUGUCGGAGGUGGCGGUCCCGCUCGCUCUUACCCUGUAGGCGGACUUUGCUACUAUCUCUCCCCUCCAGAAUCUGUUGGACACAUUUUGGAAGACCCCGUGCACGCCUUCCUCUACAUCCUCUUCAUGCUGGGGUCCUGUGCUUUCUUCUCCAAGAGCUGGAUCGAAAUCUCUGGAAGCUCCGCCAAAGAUGUCGCCAAGCAAUUGAAGGAUUCCCAGAUGGUUAUGCAGGGUCAUCGUGAGAAAUCUUUGAUCCACGAACUUAAUCGUUACAUUCCGACUGCUGCUGCAUUCGGUGGUCUUUGCAUCGGUGCUCUUUCGGUAUUAGCUGAUUUCUUGGGUGCUAUCGGCUCGGGAACUGGUAUCCUGCUUGCCGUUACGAUCAUUUAUCAAUACUUUGAGAUUUUCGUCAAAGAACAAAGUGAAAUGGGUGGUAUGAGCACGCUACUCUUCUAGACUCACGAGAUUAACGUGGACUUGAAAAGUGAAUUUUGUAUUGACGAACUGAAGUAUAGUUUAUAUUGUGAAGAAAUACGUUUGGCGUUGUUUACGGAGACUCGUACGCUAAUACGGUGGGUAUAAUAUUAAGCGAGUACGAGUUCUGUACUCGUGUUACGACUGUAAUGCUAAAUUUAAUUUUAGCGAAUUUUAUCAUUGUUACUUCAUGUAAAGUUCAUUUUCGAUGUAAAAUUUUUUUUUGUACAAUGAUGAUCUCGCUUAAAACGCCGACAAUGUUAAGGAAGAGAGCAUUGUUGAAAGUCAAUGAAGAACUAUCUAAUGACAUGUGUACAUAGUUUCUUUAGAAAUAUGAAAAAAUAAUGUAUUUAGUCCUAUUCCAAUCAUGCAAGAAAUUUAAUGAUUACUUUUACAUAUUAAAUAUUCAUUUGGCUUUGUUAAUCAUGCUUAAAAUGCUUAUACUGGUUUAACAAUAAGGAUUUUUAAAUUUUGUAAAGUAACAAAACUUUUUUGAAAGAUCUCCUGAAUGUUUUUUCUCUGAUGUCCUUGCAAAUAUAUCAUUGUUAAAAAAAAACAAAAAAAACAAACAAACAAACAAAAAAAACAAAAACAAAAACAAACUUUUUUGCCCUGGUUUUCAUUUGUUUUCUAGCGUCUUAGUCAGUUUGCCGCGCGCGUACCGUAAUUAUUUUACCACGAAAGUCAGUUUUCGAAAAUACGAGGUCUGGUCUCAAACUAAUUUUAAGUGUUAAAACAAUAAUAUUGAUUAUUAUUGCUUUUGGCAAAAAAUUAUUUUUUCACCAAUUUUUGAAUUCUGUUUACCAGUAGGUUCACUUUUGUAUGUUUCAUAACGUGUACUUAGCUGCUAUUUAAUAAAAAAAGAAAAAUGUGA